AGAGCCUAUUGCUUGCAUCUUGCAUGCAGCAGUUCCUUAGAAUGGGAAGACAAUUCGUAUUAUUCACUCACCCACCUAGACAUUAUGGCAACCUCGGAGUCAAACAUCCUCACUCAAACAUGUAUGUACCUACGCCAUGAUGGCAAUUGUUCAACUCAGUCUGUCUAUCCCUCUUGGAUUGGGGAAACUUGUAUUCUGCAAUUCGUUUUGCCAUUGCGUAUUACCUAUAAUCCUCAUAGUCAAUCCGUCCGUAGUGGCGAUAACUUCACCCUUAAGAUACGGUUGAAUUCACAGACACAUCACCAUGUCUCUCUCAGCAGACAUAGCUGCAAAUUCUCUCGAUCUAAGUCGGACUUGGGAGGAUAAGGGACUCUACGACAUCGAUCUUACCACGACCGCAUUCGAAGUACAUUCGACUACUCGCCUUUGCCGACGCGAAGAUGACAACGAGUAUCCCUCAGGGCUAAAGCUAUACCUGGUCAUCCUCUCCCUAUGCCUAGCCGUUUUCCUCGUCGCCCUCGACCAGACCAUCAUUGCCCCGGCGCUAGGCGCCAUCACGGGCGAAUAUGGAAGCGUUAAGGACAUCGGGUGGUACGGGAGCUCGUACUUGCUAACGUCGACGGCGCUGCAGCCGCUGUACGGCAAGAUAUACCGCAUCUUCGACAUCAAGUACGCGUUCCUGAGCGCAGUCGCAGUCUUCGAAAUCGGCAGCCUUAUUUCAGCCGCAGCGCCGGAUUCUACCGUCUUCAUCGUCGGUCGUGCUGUCGCUGGGAUGGGUACCGCGGGUCUGUUCUCGGGUUCUAUCGUCAUCCUCUCGUACGCCCUACCUUUGCGAAAACGGCCAGCUAUGUUCGGGAUGUUUGGGUGCAUGUGGGGGAUCGCUUCGGUUGCCGGACCGCUGCUCGGGGGAGCGUUUACGGAUCAUUUAACGUGGAGGUGGUGCUUCUACAUCAACUUACCGAUCGGAGGACUCGCGAUGGUCGUUAUUUUCUUCUUUUUAAAUAUCGCGCGCGUAAAUAACCCGGAUAAUAAAACUUUGCUCGCGAGGGUCUUGGAACUUGACCUGUUAGGGGCUGUGGUUUUGAUCCCGGCGAUCGUCCUGUUUCUUCUGGCGCUCCAGUGGGGUGGUUCUCAGUAUCCGUGGAGCGACCGGCGCAUCGUUGGGUUAUUCGCCGCCGCCAGUGUUAUGACCCUGAUAUUCAUAGGUAUCGAGCAUUACCAGCAGGAUAAGGGAUUACUGCCGCCUCGCUUUUUCAGGAAUCGGAACUUGCUAUGCGCCAUGUCGUUCUCUCUCUUCUUCGGCGCAUCCUUCUUUCCCCUAAUCUACUACCUCUCACUCUACUUCCAAGCCAUCCAAGGCGACACCGCCGUCCACGCCGGCAUAAAACUCCUCCCACUCCUCAUCUCCGUAGUCAUCAGCUCCGUCGUAAGCGGCGCCCUGAUAACCGCAACGGGGUACUACAACCCCUUCAUCCUCACCGAAACAGCCCUGAUCGCCAUCGGCGCAGGGCUAAUCACAACCCUAAGCCCAACCACCCCCUCCGCCGCCUGGUUCGGGUACUUGGCCCUCGACGGCCUCGGCACCGGCGUCGGCUUCCAAGCCGGCGUAACCGUAGCCCAGAACGCGCUCCCCGCAACGCCGACCUCCCACCUACUCAUCCCCCAAGCAACCUCCAGCGUGAACUUCUUCCAAUCCCUAGGCGGCGCGCUCUCCAUCGCGCUCUCACAAACCGUCUUCCAAAACGGAUUCAUCGCGAACCUCUCACAUCUAUCCCCAUCCCUCGACCCCACUCUCUUCACGCACAGCGGCGCGGGUCAAAUCCGCGCCGUACUUUCCGCGAUCGGACGAGAAGAGGCGUUAGAUGCCGUGCUAGAAGCGUAUAUGGCGGGACUGCGCCGGACAUUCUGUAUAUCGGCUGGCGCGGCGGUAGCUGCGUUCGUGGCGGCGCUGGGGCUGGAGUGGAAGAAGAUCGGGAAGAGCGAGGGUGGAGGUGGUGGGAAGGGGGUUAUCGCUAGGGGGCUUUACGAGUACCAGCGGGCGUGCACGCCGGCGCCUGAGUUCGAUGCUUUGUUUGAGGGCGCGGGGGAGCUGUGUGCGGCGAAAUUGAGGAAGAAGGGUGCGAGGUAGGGAGGGAAGACAUGUU